AUGUAUUCCCUUAGUAGCCGCGUUUCCAUCGUCCUCGAGCUAUCUGCAUUCGCAGCGGCCUUUAACAUUGAUCUGCCCCAACCUACUCAGACUCUCAAAGACUACUCCGCCGAUGGCUUCACCCCCAAACCGACUGCCGACCCCCUCAUCGAAUUAAGGAAACGCGACUCCCCAUCAAGCGUCUGCGCGUAUCUCUCCGGCGAUCCUUCAGCACCCUACACCUGCGGCAGCGGAGGCGUGUGCGGCUACAACAUGGGUCUCAGCUGGUUCGGAUGCUGCGACGGCGAGUCUGGCGGUUCCGUAACCGGAUGCCCCGUCAUCACUGGCUGCGUACCGUACACAUCCAUUGAUGCAUGCGCGUCGAACUCGGUAUGCGCAUCGGACACUAUGUUGAUUGCUUGCACCGAAUCCGCAACCCCCUACUGCGCCGCCGGCGCUCUCACAGCCGGCACCGACACCCUCGUGCACUUCAUCUGCGACACGACCUCCUAUGUUCUCGACUUCGAGCUCACGGCUGCCGGCGGCGCGGCAUCGUCUGUCUUCGAUGCUACGACCUCUACCGAUGAUUUUGAGAGUACUACCACGGGAGAGUUUGGGAGCACCUCGAUCGAUGACUCCGCCACUACGACUUCGGCGGACGAUUCCUCGUCUACAGUCGGAGUCGUUCUGACGAAGAUUGUCUCCGCCUCGGCCAAGGGUAGCUCCACAAGUGGAGCAGUGACUACUGGGACGCCGACGAGCUCAAAGACAGGUGGUGUCAAUCUGCUCGGCACGCUGGGUGGUAAGUCGACGGCGGGCACAGCUACCUCGACUGGUGGUGCGGCUGUAAGGACAGGCGCGGCGGUGAUGGGAGCUGCUGAGGGUGUUGCGGGGUUGAUCCUGCUUCUUGCUUAGGGAGAGGUACGGCUGCUAUGAGAAAACGGUUAAAGAGGUUUCAGUACCUCUGAGAGUAAUGGCAUAUACGGUAAAUGGCUUCUCGCAAUCUCCAUCGAACCCGUGAAACCAAAUCCGGAGCAAUAGGUCACAUCAACAAACUGUGU